AUGGGCCAGGAAACCAAUCUUUCGCCGCAGGGCGUCUCUUCUCUUCUGGAUACCGAUCUUUACAAGCUGACGAUGCAAUGCGCAAUCCUCAAAUACUUCCCGGAUGUCUAUGUAACUUAUGGCUUUACGAACCGCACCCCUCACAUGAAGCUUCGGCGCGGGGCAUACAAAUGGCUUUUGCAGCAGAUGGAGAAGCUUGCAACCCUCCGCGUCACAGCCGAAGAGCGCGCUUUUCUCAAGAGAAAAUGCCCAUACCUCAACGAUGCCUACCUUUCCUUCCUCGAAACCUUCCAGCUCAAGCCAGACGAGCAAGUCGAGAUCAAGUUUACUCCUACACAAGACACCGGUAGCGAUGAGGAUGAGGGCACAAUUGACUACGUCAUUAAGGGUCUCUGGCUUGACACUAUUCUCUAUGAGAUCCCACUGCUUGCGCUGACUAGCCAGGCCUAUUUCAUGUUCAGUGAAAAAGACUGGGACUACGAGGAUCAGGAAGAGAAGGCGUUCCGCAAAGGAUCCACUCUUCUGGAGAAUGGAUGUGUCUUUUCAGAAUUCGGAACUCGACGACGACGAGACUACCACACCCAAGAUAUUGUCAUGAAGGGCUUGACCCGUGCGGCCGAAGAAGGUCGAAAGAAUGGGUGGAAGGGCGCUUUGACAGGUACAAGUAAUGUGCACUUUGCUAUGAAGUACGACGUCAAUGCAGUGGGUACUGUGGCACAUGAGUGGUACAUGACCAUUGCGGCUAUCACGGAUGAUUACGAGAAUGCCAAUGAAUUGGCACUGCAGUAUUGGCUUGGAUGCUUUGGAGAAGGAGUUCUUGGCAUCGCUCUUACUGAUACCUUUGGUACACCGGCUUUCCUGGAUGCCUUCCGCAAGCCUAUUAGCACCCCUGAUCAAAAAGAUCAAGUUCAGUCUUCCAAGACCUACGCACAGACUUACACUGGUGUCCGUCAAGACUCAGGUGACCCAUCACAGUUUGUUAAGAUUGUUCGCGAGUUUUAUGAUCGCGAAGGCAUCACCGAUAAGAAGACGGUGGUGUUCUCCGAUUCAUUAGACAUUGAGUCUUGUCUGCGAUACAAGGCCCUUGCCGAGGAAUCCGGCUUCACCCCGUCCUUUGGAGUAGGCACCUUUUUCACAAACGACUAUCUUAACAAGACAAAUGGCGAGAAAUCGAAGCCUCUUAACAUUGUUAUUAAGAUCUCUGCUGCGAACGGUCGACCAGCUGUGAAGCUCAGCGAUAACAUGGGCAAAAACACCGGUGACAGUGCCAAGGUAGCAGAGGUUAAGAAGAAGCUCGGCUAUGUCGAGCAGUCAGGUGUCCAGAUCGAUGAGAGCAAUCGCUGGACACAGAAAAACUAG